AUGCCCAUGUGUUGUUACAAGCUCAACCGCAUCAAAGGCUAUGCUUACGCGUUCCAAACGUCGUUCAAGAGUAACAACCUGUGCAUAUUGAUUCUGCCGUGCCCACAAGCUAUGUAUGCGAUUGUGUGUGAUUGUUAUGAUGUUAUUCAUGCGCUACUGAUGCUUUCCGGGGAUGUUCAGAGUAACCCAGGCCCUACAACGGAGGAACUUUUCGCUACACUUUUGUCUAACCAAGCAUCAGACAGCCAGGUUUUACUAUCCAUAAGACAAAGUCAAAAUGAAACUGAGAAGUCUCUUACCGAACUGAGUAGGAAAGUUAAUCAAAUUGAAUCUGAAGUGCGAAACCUACAAACAUUAAAAGCUACGGUAUCGGAGGCAUCAGAUAAGCUCAUAUCUCUUGAAUGUAAGGUAGCCUCCUUGACAAGCAAAGUUGAAGACGUUGAAGCACGUUCACGACGCAAUAAUCUAUUAAUAUUCGGCUUGGAGGAAACCACUGGCGAAUCGCAGAACGACCUCUUUGCAAUAGUCAAAGAAAAAAUAUUUCGCGACCAUUUGAAUGUUACUCCCACCAGCAUAGAACGUGUCCAUCGGCUCGGUAGUAGACAACAAGGCAAAACGCGCCCUGUAAUCUUAAAACUCUUCAACUAUACAGAAAAGAUUGAGAUCUUGAAAAACUGUUGGCGGCUGAAGGGGUCUCCCCUCUCGAUCAGUGAGGACUUACCUCUACGAGUGAGGCAGGCUCGUAAAAACUUGAUGGCUAGCGCUUCAGACGAAAAAUCAAGAGGGUGUAAAGUGCGCUUAGUCUACGACAAAUUAUUCAUCAACGAUGUGAUUUAUAUUUGGAAUCACAAUACUCAGCAAAGAGAACAGGUAAAUGGCAGUUCUUCGGCCCCGGAUGCCGCACAUCAUCAACGCACGCUGCCCUUGAGUAACGCCCCAAAUAAUAAACUACACGACCCAUUAUCUACAGUUCGUGUCACAAGAUCUCAAUCUUGUCUGACUUCUGUAUCGAACACAUGA